CUGGGGGUGUUGUGUUGGUAGCUCUUGGGGUGGCACAGCAGGUCUUGGGGUGCAGCCACAGUGGUAUGGGCACCAAGCACCAGCUUCUGGCCUGGAUUGCUGUUGCAAUCACAGGGCAGGGGAGGGUUGGGGGCAUUUGUUAAAGCCAACCUCUCUUGGCUGUGGCCCCGUGGCUGGGGCUGGGGAGAAGGCAGCCUGCAAACACCUGCUUUGCCCUCCGGCCUUCACCAGCCGCUGCUGGCACCAGCUUCCCUCAGCACCUGCUCAGGCUCUGCAUUUCCCUCUGCCUGGAAAACCAUUCCCCUGGAUCACCAGGAGCACCCAGCACUUAGAGCCCUGUCAGGAGCCAGGAAAGCCCCUGCUUGGCAGUGCCUGUGGGGAGAUGUGUCUGUGCUGCGUGGGCCUGAGCCCUGCUCUUGCCCUUCCCUGGCCAAGCUCCUGCCCGGGCUGUGCAGGAGGGAUGGUGCAGGCCAAGGCUUGGAGAAGCUGCAGGUUUCUUGAAGUAAAACACUUGUCCUGCUGAAUUUGCUUGUUCAGGAGACAGAGCAGAGGCAGCUGGGAGGGGCUGAUGGUCGGCCUCCCCUCAGCUGGGUGAGCUCCAAGGUGGACGAGCCGGCCCUGCUCCUGCUCUGCCCCAGAUCACCUUGAGGAGCGGCGCCUGUGCCGCGCUGCCACGGGGCAGUUAAUGAUUACCUCUGCUGCACAGGUCCCCUCCUGCCAGGGCAGGGGCUGUGGACAGGGAUGAUGCUGCUGCUGGUGCUGCUGCUGCUGCUGGGCCCCGCCGGCUGCCCCAGGACCGAGCCCCUGAGCGGGGCCAGCGACGAGCCGCUGUUCCGCGGGGCCGACCGCUACGACUUCGCCAUCAUCGUCCCCGCGGGCGCCCUGGAGUGCUUCUGGCAGUUUGCACACCAGAACGGCAGCUUCUUCUUCAGCUACGAGGUCCAGCGGGCGACGGGGAUUGGCAACAGCAGGAGCAUCCUGGUCACAGCGAGAGACCCCAACGGCAUCCAGCUUGGAGCUUCCGAGCACGGGCGGGGACAGAUCAACUUCCUCACCAGGGAGACAGGUUUCUACGAGCUGUGCCUGGACAACCAGAAAAACCACCUCGGCUUCAUGCAGGUGUAUCUUAACUUCGGCGUCUACUACGAGGACUUCAAGGAGGACAAGCAGACAGAGAAGAAAGAGCUGAACAACACUCUGGAGGCAAUUGGGGGCAGCAUCCACAAGCUGCAGAUCCGCGUCUUCCACAUGUGGCGGUUCUACAACUUCGCCCGGAUGCGGGCGGCGGCCGACUCCAUCCUCCUGGACUCCAACCACAGCUACGUCAGCUGGUGGUCCAUGGCCCAGAGCUGCGUCAUCGUCCUCUCCGGGGUGCUGCAGCUCCACUGCCUCAAGCGCCUCUUCCACGUGCAACCCCCCCCUGGGCAGAACUGCUGACGGGGCCCAGAGCUGCCCCUGUGCCCGGGCAUCCAGCUGCUGCUCCGCCCCUGCACACAGCAGGAGGAGAGGACGGGUCCUGCAGUGAGGAGGAAGGCGAGUUCCCUCUGCUCCAGCCUCUAGCGCCGGCCCUGCCUCGGCUCACACCCUCCCAAAGGAACAAAAGCACCAGGCAGUUGCCCAAGCUGCAUGUGCUGGGUCGGUGUGUCACGUCCCUGUCCCUCCUUCGGGUCCCCACGCGCCUCUUCUAACAGACAGCCAAUAAAAGGAGCCCUGGCCCCGCUCUGGGCAGCGAUCACAGCUCCAUCCACCCCGCACA